AGCUCUCUCCUACCACGUAGCAGCUUCCCGGCAGCAGCCUGUCUCCUCUCUCCCAGCCACUCUGAACCAGCGGCUCAUGUAGAACCACGUAGCAGCGGCAGGCUUUGGAUUCUAACCAGCGGCAGCAGCGGCCGAACCGGACAUGGACCUCUUUGAAUUCGACUUUUUCAGGGACUGGGAACUGGAGCAGCCGUGCCAUCUUGAAUCAGAGCGCAGUGCCCUGAAGAGGAGGGAGUGGGAGAGGAGGAACCAGGAGGUCCAGCAAGAAGAAGACUUGUUCUCAACUGGAUUCAACCUCUUUGGAGAACCUUAUAAAACUAAUAAGGGUGAUGCCUUGGCCAAUCGGGUCCAGAACACUCUGGGCUCCUAUGAAGAAAUGAAAGACCUGUUAACCAGCCACUCCAACCAGAGCCACCUGGUUGGAAUCCCCAAAGGCAGCACAGCGACCACAAACCAGCAGCAAGCGUCGAGCUCCUCUGCCACAGAAAGGUCGGCCAUGGAGUCCCAGCUGUUCAACGAGGCCUUAAGAGGAGGAGUGGUUGGAGGUGGAGGAACAGAAGGAAGUGGGGAAAAGAGGAUGGGAAGUGCCGCACCGUCUUCAUCGUCAGCCUCCAUGCAGCCGCCUGCAGUCAACACGUCAUUGUCAAACACAGUGGCGGUCCCGCAUCAGAGCUCAAAGAAGUCCAGGAGCUCCAUGGAGUGGUCAAAGGGAAGCCAAGAGACGGGCCUGGUUUUGGGUUCGGGAUUGGCACAGAACGGGCAGAACCCUGCAGCAGCGGCCGCCAGCAGGGGCAAGAUGGCUCUUUUAGAGGAACAACAGCUGCAAAGAAACGAAGAGCUGUUCAGCUCUCUUAAAGAUGAACUGGGUCUGAAAGAGGAAUCAAGCCCUUCUUCCUCAUCUUCAUCCUCUUCCUCCUCCUCUUCCUCUUCCAGAAGGCACUCGUCCAAAAGCCAUCCCCUCCCAGAUGGUGGCACCUUUCGCUCCUCCACCUUAGAUGGUUGCCACUUUAAGUCUUCCUCGGCCGCAGAGAAUGGCGGACCUUUUAAAUCCUCCCCGUUCGAACAUGAAACAAGUUCCCACCUCUCUUUAUCCACUUCCCCGCUGGCUUCCACUUCAGUUCUGACUACACCCACACCUGGUCUGACCACACCCACAUCAGGUCUGACCACACCCACUUUCCCGCCAGGCUGCCUAUCGGGGAAGCACGUUCCUGUUCAGCAGAAGCCGACGGCAUAUGUGCGACCAAUGGACGGCCAGGACCAGGCGCCGAGUGACUCCCCGCAGCUUAAACCCCCUCCAGUGGCAACAGAGGGGUUCACCAACAGCCAAAGCUUUGGAGGGACCUCUGGAAAUGUGAAGAAUAAACUGCCAAAGCUGAACCUCAGCCACACAGGAGAGGUCAGUCUGCCAAAUGACUCCAGCUGUGUGGAAGAAAUUUUGCGGGAGAUGACCCAUUCCUGGCCUCCUCCACUCACAGCCAUCCAUACUCCUGGGAAAGCUGAUCAGACCAAGUUUCCCAUCCCAAACAAGGAGACCCAGCAUGUGACCUCAGGCUACAACACGCAGAAGAGAUGCACUGUGCCAGCUAACAAGCCUGCUGCAAAACCAGCGACUGCACCUCAGAAGUCGAUGCUGGAGGAUGACCUGAAGAUCAGCAGUGACGAAGAAGAGACUGAACAACAGGUGUCUGACAAGGCCAAAGCCAGAAGCGCUGCACUAAGGUAA